UAUGUUGUAUUCUGAAUAAAAUAUUGAAAUUUGAAACUUCCACAUCAUUGCAUUCUGUUUUUAUUCACAAUUUGUACAGUGUCCCAACAUUUUUGGAAUCCGGUUUGUAUCAUGCAUGCCAAGAGAAGACCCUAAUAAUUUGGAUUGUGUUCCUAUAUUACAUUUUGAAAAUCUAUGUAACAAAAUUUGUCUGUAUACUGACUGCUACUAAUAGUCUUAAACUCUUGCUACAUGAAUAUUCUGAGAAACAUUGCCUCCAUAUUUUACAGACAGCCAAGACUUUCAACCAGCAAACUGACUCUAAUUCAUCAAGGUCCUCCAAAACGAUUUCGUCUAGACACAAAGAGAAGAGUGCUUCAUGAAAAUGGGAAAGUCAGAAAAUGGACUUACGGGAAAAAAGACACCAGUAAACAAAACAAAAUUGUUCUGCUAGUGGGAGAGACUGGAGCUGGCAAGACGACUCUCAUCAACACCAUGGUCAACUACUUACUAGGAGUGAAGUUUGAAGAUGAAAUAUGGUAUGAAAUCACAGAAGAAGAAGCUAGAGACCAAUCAGAAUCACAAACCUCUGAAAUCACCAUGUAUGAGGUCUGUCCUGAAGAAAAUUCCAUAUCUCUCACCAUCAUUGAUACUCCAGGCUACGGAGACACUAGAGGACUGGAAAAAGAUCUGGAAGUUGCUGCAAAUUUAGCCACUCUGUUUCAGAGCAGUGCUGGAGUUCGUGAAGUUGAUGCCGUGUGUUUUGUGAUUCAAGCAUCUAAGAAUCGUCUCUCAGACAGGCAGCAUUAUAUCAUCAGUUCAAUUCUGUCUUUGUUUGGAAAUGACAUUGUGAACAACAUUGUGUUUUUAAUAACACACUCUGAUGGUAUGGCACCUAAAAAUGUCCUUGGUGCCAUCAAUAAAGCUAAAAUCCCUUGCAGACGAGACAAAAAGGACCAACCUGUUUAUUUCUUAUUCAACAAUCGGCAAGCUGAAGCCCAAAACAAUGAGAGCCGUUACCUCCGUUCUCAAAAAGAUGCUUGGGAAAACAGCAUGGAAGAGACAAAGCAAUUAUUCCAGUCUCUGGACGAAAAGAACAGAAGAAGUUUAGCGUUGACUUCAGAUGUUCUCAUAGAGCGCAUUCAAUUAGAAGCACUCAUCUGCAACUUACAGCUGCGAGUUGAAGAGAAAGAGUCCAAGAAAUCUGAAAAAAUUCAGAUUCAGGAGGCAAUUAAACAAAACAAGGAAAAGAUUGACAGGAGUACAAACUUUAGCAUUAGAGUCAAAAAGACAAUCAAAGUAAAGGUGGCCAUUGAAAGUGCUUCAUGGAAGAACAGAAAGGCGACGACCUGCACCGUCUGUGAGGAAAACUGUCAUGAGUUUGACUGCUGGUGGGUUCCUGAUCCCAGCAAUUGUGAAGUCAUGAAGAAAGGCUACUGCACUGUGUGCACUGGGAAGUGUCAUCACAGCAAACAUGUAAAAGAAAACAAGAAAUAUGUCAUCAGCACAUCGAAUGUUAUGAUGCAAUCAGAUGAAUUAAAAAAGAGAUAUGGAGAUGCUAAAACCAAAAUGUUUUCUGUUGUAAUGGAUGACCUUGACAAAGAUCUGCAGGAGCUUGAGGAUCAAAAGCAAAUUCUUCUGUUCAAUGCUUUCAAAACCAUCAAGCAUCUGUCUCAGAUUGCAUUAAAGCCAGACUCUGCCUUCACUCUUCAGCAUCUCGACUUCUUCAUCCCCAGACUGAAGGAGGCUGGGAAAGAAAACUGGGUCAGAGAGCUUGAAGAAAUGAUGAGAAAAGCUAAAGCUGAGGAAGCAAAUAAAGAUGCUCUGAGUUACCUUAAAGCUGGUCUGGCAAAACUAUUCCUCGGUGGGAACAAAGUCAGAGAAGACAAGAGAUGAAUCAAUGAAAAUAAAUAAGACUGCUUAAAAUGAGAAAUCAAUGAAGGUGACUUUUUGUAUAUCUGAAAAUUUGAAAUUUAAUUUAAUCAUAGAAUCAAGCUGUUUUAGUGUUUAUUUAAUAGGCAACCCAAUCCAAUAUGUUAGUUUAUGAACUUUUAAAAUAAAUGAAUAUCGGUAAAUUUGGGGCGUACUAGAAGGUAGCUGUAACAAAAAAUUUUUGCAUCUGUGGAUGUUGAUGUGUGUUGAUAUUGAACUGUUCUAUAUUUUAUCUUCAUCAGUUGCUGUUUUUUAUUUUUUAUUUUUUCUAUUUCUAUUGUUUUUUUUUUGUAUUGUUUCUUUCCAUCAGAUUGCCUGUUUUUCUCUACAUCAAAAUUCUUGUUUAAUAAAAUAACUACAAUGAAUAUAAAAAUAUAUGAUAUAUAUAAUUUUUUUUUCCUUGAGCAAACUACAGUGGAAGAGACCUCCUUAUCUUCAGGUUAGUGACAACUGACUCACUGUUGGAAAUAAAGGAGGUUGUUCAAUUUGGUUUGAAGCAUCAAAAGGAUGAAUGAAUCUUUAUUGUCAUUAUUUGCACCCAGUGGUACAGAACAACAAAAUAGUGUUAGCAGCUUUUUA